CCAGAAGUACACAGAUUUGUGACUUCAAUUUAUCCUUCUGCUGAGGAUGAUGUCAUAACCUCACCUUACAAUAGCAUCUUGGCAAUGAAGGAACUUAAUGAGCAUGCAGACUGUGUGCUUCCCAUUGACAAUCAAUCUUUAUUUGACAUCAUUAGCAAAAUUGACCUGAUGGUGAAUUCUGGAAAGUUGGGUACGAUUGUGAAGCCAAAGAGUCUGAUUACUUCAAAUGCUGAGGCUUUCAAAAAACGGCACAAGAAGCCCUUUGAUGCAAUGAACAACAUUGUGGCAAAUUUGCUACUCAACCUAACAAGCUCUGCAAGGUUUGAAGGGUCUCUUAAUAUGGACCUUAAUGAAAUCAGCAUGAAUUUAGUUCCUUUUCCUCAACUUCAUUAUCUUGUGUCAAGCCUGACACCUUUGUAUACACUGGCAGAUGUUAACAUUCCUCCUCGAAGGUUGGAUCAGAUGUUUUCAGAUGCCUUUAGUAAAGAUCAUCAGCUAAUUCGAGGAGACCCCAAACAUAGUCUGUACCUCGCUUGUGCCCUCAUGGUGAGAGGCAAUGUACAAAUUUCAGAUCUCCGCAGAAAUAUUGAAAGAUUAAAACCUGCUCUGCAGUUUGUCUCCUGGAAUCAAGAAGGCUGGAAGACCAGCCUGUGUUCAGUGCCACCUGUGGGCCACUCACAUUCAUUAUUAGCUUUAGCAAAUAACACAUGUGUGAAGCCUACCUUCAUAGAACUGAGAGAAAGGUUCAUGAGGCUCUACAAGAAAAAGGCUCACCUCCAUCACUAUCUACAAGUUGAAGGGAUGGAGGAAAGUUGCUUCAGGGAAGCUGUGUCGUCUUUGUCAGCACUCAUUCAGGAGUACAACCAACUGGAUGCCACAAAGAGCAUGCCUGCUGUCUUGAUUGACAUGGAAGAAGGGGUAGUAAAUGAAAUUCUCCAGGGACCUUUGAGAGAUGUGUUUGAUAGCAAGCAGCUAAUAACUGAUAUUUCUGGCUCAGGAAAUAAUUGGUGA